AUGCACAAAAGCAGUCGGCUCGCCUCGAUGAUAACGCGAGAUGCUCUCAUGCAGACGGCAUCUUACCCGGCAGAUAUGGAGAGCACACAAGGCAUGCCCCUAUGCCAGCAUUGUGUGCCUAUGCCCCGUCUGUGCGACAUGAGCCAUGGCGGCGCCCGCCGAGACUGCGGCGCGCACGCAGAGUCUUGGCUGGAAGGACUCACCGCCCAGAAGAUCAAGACCAAUGGGCUCUGGGCUGACGCGGAAAACGACUCAUUUGAGUUGAGCACAUCGAGCCUCCCCAUCAGUCUUGAGAGGCCGUACGCACAGAAGCGCAGGACUGGCUCGCUCCACGUUUGCGCGGCCUGCCCAAGCGGACUCCGUGGAAUCCUGCGGCUCUGGGAUGCCGGGACAUCGUCCUGGAAGAUGGCCAUGCACAGAUGGAUGGAUCCCUCUUCUUUACGAAGCAAAUUACCUCGUCCACCGGUGUCUUCCGCUGGGCGCUUGCACGGGCUUGUCGUCGUCCUCGUUGUCGAGUUUGCCUCUUUCCCAUUCGCCCGCUGGUGA